UUGUCAUCAAAAGAUCAUAUUUCCCAGGAGGAAACGAAGGAGCAGGAUACGUCUUUAAAUUAAGGAAAAGGAGCCUCUCUAUCAGUAGAAGACAUAAUGAGCAACACCACUCUGGACAAUCUACGCUUUUAUAACUCUACUGAGUACGAUGAAGAUUAUGACUAUUAUGACAGUUCAAACUAUAAACUAGAAAGAGCCAUGCAUAUUAUCGCCAUGGUGAUCUAUAGUCUUGCAUUUGUGCUGGGGGUCCUUGGCAACGGGUUGGUUAUCUUCUUCACCGGCUUCCGAAUGAAGAAGACGGUCAACACAGUUUGGUUCCUCAAUUUGGCCAUUGCAGACUUCACCUUUACUUUCUUCCUUCCCCUGAGUGUUGCUUAUUUAGCCCUGGGAUUCCACUGGCCCUUCGGGGAGUUUUUGUGCAAGGUGAACAGCACCUUGGCCUUCCUCAACCUCUAUGCCAGCAUUUAUCUCCUCAUGGUCAUCAGUAUUGACCGUUGCAUUUCUGUCUGGAAUCCGGUCUGGGCUCAGAAUCACCGAACCCCUCGGCUGGCUUCUUUUGUGGCCUUGGCUGUGUGGAUCUGGGCCUUGGUGUUGUGUUCUCCAGUUAUGUAUUUCAGGCAAACUGCCUCGCAGGAUGGCCUGCUGGAAGAAAACAAGAUUAACUGCUAUACCAAUUACGGUGAAGACCCAGCCAUGAAAACCAUGAGACAUUAUGCCCUGAUCAUCACUCGGUUCAUCUUUGCCUUCGUCAUUCCCUUCACUGUUAUCCUUGUCUGCUACGGGGCAAUUGUCUCGAAACUGAGACGCAAUCAAUUGUCUCAAUCUAACAAACCCUUUCAGGUCAUCACUGCAGUGAUUGUUGCUUUUUCGGUCUGCUGGUUCCCUUAUCAUCUUUUCACUUUCUUUGAGUUAAAAGGACAUACAGAGGUGCUGAGGUUCGGUGUUCCCUUGGUAACAAGCCUGGCUUUCGUCAACAGCUGCCUGAACCCCAUUUUGUACGUCUUCAUGGGCCAGGAUUUCAAAAAGAAACUGAGGCAGUCCCUCUUUACUAUAUUUGAGAAUGCCUUUACUGAAGAGAACAGCCAGAACACAUUAACUAAUAAGACUAAAUCUUCAAUGGAGACCCUGUCCCAGGAGGUCUGAGACCUACCUAACUCUAUUGUUACAUCCUCAAACCCCCAGAACUUUAACCUUAAAUUGUCUACUGUGAACC